ACAUAAAAUCGACCCAUUUUUGAGGUCUGUGAUGUAUACAACUUGCGAACGUCAUAAUGGCAGCAAGUGACAGCAAAGCUCCGUUGAGGACGGUCAAACGAGUGCAAUUCGGCAUACUUAGCCCCGAUGAAAUCAGACGUAUGUCCGUUACCGAGGGCGGUAUCCGCUUCCCAGAGACUAUGGAGGCGGGUCGACCCAAACUCGGCGGCCUCAUGGAUCCUCGCCAGGGGGUCAUCGACCGUCAUUCCAGGUGCCAGACUUGCGCCGGCAACAUGACGGAGUGCCCUGGUCAUUUCGGUCAUAUUGACCUCGCCAAACCGGUGUUCCAUGUCGGCUUCAUCACCAAAACUAUCAAAAUAUUGCGCUGCGUCUGCUUCUAUUGCAGUAAAAUGCUAGUCAAUCCCACUAACCCGAAAAUCAGGGAAGUCGUGAUCAAAACCAAAGGGCAGCCUCGACGGCGUCUGGCCCAUGUCUACGACCUGUGCAAAGGGAAGAAUAUAUGCGAAGGCGGUGACGAGAUGGACGUGGCCAAAGAGGGCGAGGAGCAGAAUCCCAAUAAGAAGCAAGGUCACGGGGGUUGUGGUCGGUACCAGCCGAAUAUUAGGAGAACGGGGUUGGACCUUUCGGCGGAAUGGAAACACGUCAACGAGGAUUCGCAGGAGAAGAAGAUUUUGUUGACCGCAGAACGGGUGUGGGAGAUUUUAAAACAUAUUACCGACGAGGAGUGCUUUAUUUUGGGCAUGGAUCCCAAAUUCGCCCGACCUGACUGGAUGAUCGUAACAGUUCUUCCGGUUCCUCCCCUUCCGGUUCGACCGGCCGUAGUCAUGUACGGUUCGGCCCGCAACCAGGACGACUUGACGCACAAACUGGCCGACAUCAUCAAGGCAAACAACGAGCUCCAAAAGAAUGAGUCCGCGGGCUCGGCCGCACAUAUCAUCACCGAGAACACGAAAAUGUUGCAGUUUCACGUGGCCACCCUCGUCGAUAACGAUAUGCCGGGGAUGCCGCGAGCAAUGCAGAAAUCGGGCAAGCCGUUAAAAGCGAUCAAGGCCCGUUUGAAAGGUAAAGAAGGUCGGAUACGAGGCAAUUUGAUGGGCAAGCGGGUGGAUUUCUCGGCGAGGACGGUUAUUACGCCCGAUCCAAACCUGCGCAUCGAUCAGGUGGGCGUGCCGCGCAGCAUCGCACAAAACAUGACGUUCCCCGAGAUCGUAACGCCAUUCAAUUUCGACAAGAUGCUAGAGCUGGUUCAGCGAGGUAACUCGCAAUACCCUGGUGCCAAAUACAUCAUCAGGGACAACGGCGAACGGAUCGACCUAAGGUUCCACCCGAAAUCAUCUGACCUGCACCUGCAAUGUGGCUACAAGGUGGAGCGACACAUCCGCGACGGCGACCUCGUGAUCUUCAACCGGCAACCCACGUUGCACAAAAUGAGCAUGAUGGGUCACCGCGUCAAAGUAUUGCCGUGGUCGACUUUCAGAAUGAACUUGUCCUGCACGUCUCCGUAUAACGCGGACUUUGACGGCGACGAGAUGAAUCUCCACGUGCCACAGAGUAUGGAGACGAGGGCGGAAGUGGAAAAUCUUCAUAUAACGCCGAGGCAAAUAAUCACGCCUCAGGCAAACAAGCCGGUCAUGGGUAUCGUACAGGAUACAUUGACGGCCAUCAGGAAGAUGACCAAAAGGGACGUGUUCAUCGAUAAGGAGCAGAUGAUGAACCUGCUGAUGUUUCUACCUAUAUGGGACGGCAAGAUGCCGCGUCCGGCCAUACUGAAACCGAAAGCCCUCUGGACCGGCAAACAAGUCUUCUCCCUAAUCAUUCCCGGCAAUGUUAACAUGAUGCGCACCCACUCGACCCAUCCCGAUGAUGAAGACGACGGUCCGUAUAAGUGGAUAUCGCCGGGCGACACCAAAGUUAUGGUGGAACACGGCGAGCUUAUAAUGGGCAUCCUGUGCAAAAAAACCCUCGGCACUUCCGCCGGAUCCCUCCUCCACAUCUGCAUGCUGGAGCUCGGUCACGAGGUGUGCGGUCGCUUCUACGGCAACAUCCAAACGGUGGUCAAUAACUGGCUCCUACUUGAGGGUCACAGCAUCGGUAUCGGGGACACCAUAGCCGAUCCUCAGACAUAUCUAGAGAUUCAGAAAGCAAUCAAAAAGGCGAAAGAGGACGUCAUCGAGGUGAUACAAAAGGCACACAAUAUGGAGCUGGAGCCGACGCCCGGAAACACCCUAAGGCAGACAUUUGAGAACCAGGUGAACAGGAUUUUGAACGAUGCCAGAGACAAAACCGGCGGCUCCGCCAAGAAAUCGCUGACCGAGUACAACAACCUAAAGGCUAUGGUGGUGAGCGGGUCCAAAGGCUCUAACAUUAACAUAUCCCAGGUGAUUGCGUGCGUGGGGCAACAGAACGUAGAAGGCAAACGUAUCCCUUUCGGUUUCCGCAAACGCACCCUUCCUCACUUUAUCAAGGACGAUUACGGUCCGGAAUCGAGGGGUUUCGUUGAGAAUUCAUAUCUGGCAGGCCUCACUCCCUCCGAGUUUUAUUUUCACGCAAUGGGCGGUCGCGAGGGUCUCAUCGAUACCGCGGUGAAGACCGCCGAAACCGGUUAUAUUCAGAGGCGGCUCAUUAAAGCCAUGGAGUCGGUGAUGGUCAACUACGACGGCACAGUGCGCAAUUCCGUCGGUCAGCUCAUCCAGCUGCGCUACGGUGAAGACGGUCUCUGCGGCGAAAUGGUCGAGUUCCAGUACUUGCCCACCAUCAAGCUUAGCAACAAAACGUUCGAGAAAAAAUUUCGUUUCGACCCCAGCAACGAACGGUAUCUGCGUCGAGUGUUCAACGAGGACGUCAUCAAGCAGCUAAUGGGCUCCGGGGAGGUAAUUUCCGAGCUGGAGCGGGAGUGGGAACAGCUGCAACGGGACCGGGAAGCUUUGAGACAGAUAUUUCCCAGCGGGGACGCGAAAGUCGUGCUGCCCUGCAACCUGCAGCGGAUGAUUUGGAACGUGCAGAAGAUAUUCCACAUCAACAAGAGGGCACCAACAGAUUUAUCGCCUCUGCGGGUGAUCAGAGGCGUGCGAGAUCUCCUAUCGAAGUGUGUGAUAGUGGCGGGUGAAGACAGACUAUCCAAGCAGGCAAACGAGAACGCUACGCUUCUGUUUCAAUGUCUGGUCAAGUCAACCUUGUGUACCAAAGCUGUCUCGGAGGAGUUCCGACUGAGCACCGAAGCGUUCGAGUGGCUGAUCGGUGAAAUCGAGACCAGAUUUCAGCAAGCUCAGGUGAAUCCAGGUGAAAUGGUUGGAGCAUUAGCAGCUCAGUCGCUGGGUGAGCCGGCCACUCAGAUGACCUUGAAUACGUUCCAUUUCGCCGGAGUAUCUUCGAAAAACGUAACACUGGGGGUACCGCGCCUGAAAGAGAUCAUCAAUAUAUCCAAACGGCCCAAAGCACCCUCACUGACAGUGUUUCUUACGGGUGCUGCAGCUAGGGAUGCCGAAAAAGCCAAGAACGUCCUCUGCCGCUUGGAGCACACCACAUUGCGCAAAGUGACCGCCAACACAGCAAUAUAUUAUGAUCCCGAUCCCCAAAAUACUGUCAUCCCUGAGGACCAGGAGUUUGUCAAUGUUUACUAUGAGAUGCCGGACUUCGACCCCACCCGCAUCUCGCCCUGGCUGCUGCGCAUUGAACUUGAUCGUAAAAGAAUGACCGACAAGAAGCUCACGAUGGAGCAGAUCGCUGAGAAAAUCAACGCCGGUUUCGGCGAUGACCUGAACUGCAUAUUCAACGACGAUAAUGCUGAGAAGUUGGUCUUACGCAUACGCAUAAUGAACAGUGACGACGGCAAGUUCGGAGACACAGGGGCCGACGAAGACGUCGACAAAAUGGAUGACGACAUGUUCCUGAGAUGCAUCGAGGCGAACAUGCUCAGUGAUAUGACACUGCAAGGCAUCGAGGCUAUAUCCAAGGUUUACAUGCACUUGCCACAAACGGAUUCGAAGAAACGGACGGUCAUUACCGAAACCGGCGAAUUCAAAUCGAUAGCCGAAUGGUUGCUCGAGACGGAUGGUACCAGCAUGAUGAAAGUGCUUUCUGAACGCGACGUCGAUCCCGUACGUACGUUCUCGAACGACAUCUGCGAAAUAUUCUCAGUGCUCGGCAUCGAGGCCGUGCGUAAAUCCGUCGAGAAGGAAAUGAAUGCGGUUCUACAAUUCUACGGCCUCUACGUCAACUACCGCCAUUUAGCGUUGCUUUGUGACGUCAUGACGGCUAAAGGUCAUCUUAUGGCCAUCACGAGGCAUGGCAUCAACAGACAGGACACCGGCGCCCUCAUGAGAUGCUCCUUCGAGGAAACGGUCGACGUGUUGAUGGACGCGGCCUCGCACGCCGAAGUUGAUCCAAUGAGGGGGGUAUCGGAAAACAUCAUCAUGGGCCAACUGCCUCGAAUGGGUACCGGAUGUUUCGAUCUUCUACUCGAUGCCGAGAAGUGUAAGCUAGGCAUACCCAUUCCGCAGGCUCACGGAGCAGAUAUCAUAUCAUCGGGAAUGUUCUUCGGUUCGGCGGCUACCCCGAGCAUGGGCACGGGCGGAGCCAUGACUCCAUGGAAUCAGGGAUCAACGCCAUAUAUCGGGAGCGCCUGGUCUCCCCACAAUUUAUUGGGUAGUGGAAUGACUCCGGGAGGACCGGCUUUUUCACCGUCGGCGUCCUCAGAUAUAUCCGGAAUGUCCCCGGGUUAUGGUGCCUGGUCUCCCACUCCCCAGUCUCCGGCUAUGUCACCUUACAUCGCGUCCCCUCACGGAACUUCACCGUCGUACAGCCCCUCGAGUCCAGCAUUCCAACCUACAUCCCCAUCUAUGACGCCGGUUUCCCCGAGAUAUUCGCCCAGUUCUCCUGGAUAUUCUCCUACCAGUCCUAAUUACAGUCCCACCAGCCCCGGGUACUCGCCCACCAGCCCAGGUUAUUCCCCUACGUCUCCAUCUUAUUCUCCCACGAGUCCAAGUUAUUCACCAACCAGUCCUAGUUACUCUCCCACAAGUCCAAGUUACUCUCCAACAUCGCCAAGCUACUCGCCAACAUCUCCCUCCUAUAGCCCAACGUCUCCCAGUUAUUCGCCCACUUCUCCCUCCUACAGCCCGACUUCGCCAAGUUACUCACCAACCUCGCCAUCCUACAGUCCCACUUCUCCCAGUUACUCGCCAACAUCGCCAUCUUACAGCCCAACUUCCCCUAGUUACUCCCCGACGUCUCCGUCGUACAGUCCUACGUCUCCGAAUUAUUCUCCCACAUCUCCAAGCUAUUCACCUUCUUCUCCCAGAUACACUCCCGUUUCUCCAAGUUACGCACCCACCUCGCCUAGUUACUCCCCUUCUUCCCCUCAAUACUCGCCGGCUUCACCAAGUUACUCGCCUUCGUCUCCAAAAUACUCGCCCACUUCUCCCAGUUACUCACCUACGUCGCCUUCAUUUGCCGGGGGAAGUCCUCAGUACUCUCCGACGUCACCCAGCUAUUCACCGACCAGCCCCAAUUACUCACCGUCAAGCCCUCAGCAUACUCCCGGCAAUUCACGGUAUUCUCCCACUUCACCCCAGUAUUCGCCGCUCAGCACCAAGUAUUCGCCCACUUCUCCCACUUACACUCCGACAAGCCCGAGCUAUUCCCCAGCAUCUCCUGCUUAUUCUCCCCAGCCCCCGAGAUAUUCUCCUUCAUCUCCUAGCUAUUCCCCAAGUCAGGAUCAUGAAUAACUCCAUU